AGUUGAUCGUCCACCACUGAAGGCACUAGAAGUGCACUUAGAAUACUAGUAGCUCAAAAUAUACAGGAAUGCGCGAUAUAAUAAUCACUCUGCUGCUCCUGCAGAUCAUCGGAUCGUUGCAGGGCCAGAUGCUACGUAGCGAAGGAAAUUAAGAAGUGUCGCUUUGGUGAAUCUCAGUGCAUCGUGGAUUCGAUGAACUUGUUGAUAAAGAAGUUUCCAAGGGGAAUACCGGCGCUGGGAAUGAAACCCAUCGAUGUGGUGGACAUCAAAAACUCAAAAUUCUGGAACGAUGAGAAGGUUGGUGCGUUCUGGCUCGAUUUCGAUUUGUUUAAUCAAGUGAACUAUGGCUUCGAGAAUACGACAAUCACAAAGGUAAGUGGGUUCGAUGAGAAUCCCACCUCAAGCCUGAUCGAAAUACACGGCCGGAUACCCAGUCUUAUCCACAAGGGCAGCUACUACUCUCAAGGAAGAGUGUGGAUUGUUAAGCUGAAUUCCACGGGAGAAUCCUUUUCGGACUUCCAAAACUUUCGCUUUGUACUCAAGCUAAAAGUUAUCAUGGAGUAUCGGAAUAACAAGCGCUAUUUGAAGAUCUACGAGCUAAAUCCCUUUGUCAAUAUGGAUCGGUGGGUCUUUUGGCUGGACAACUUUUUCGAAUCGAACACGGAUAUGACGAUAGCCAUAAACCAGGUGUUCAAUCUGCACUGGGUGGAGUUUUGGAACGAGCUAGAGCCGACAAAUCUGAAAAUAUUUGCUAGUGUCUUCCGAGAUAUAUUUGAAGAUAUCUUCAAAAAGGUCUCCUACGAUGAUAUGUUUUUGCCGGUUCCCAAAGACUCCGAAGUAAAUGAUUAAAAUCGUCAUAAGUUAUUA